UCCAUAUUGUAUCUAGAUAUAUAUCAGGAGGAACAUUCGGGGUGGGGAUCGACUGAAGUUAUUAUUACAGGGAGAAACUUAUUGGAUUCGUCAUAUGCAGGCCACAGUAAACCCAGGACUCUCCAUAUGUGCUAGUAUCUAGUGGUAAUACCUGCAAAUUAAUUUUGCUUCCUGCUCAGGUGUUUGCAAUUAUGUUGUGUUUAUAAAAAGGAAAAUUGUGAGCUGAGUUUUACAGUGGAUCCAAACAAUGCAACAGAGCAGUACAGACUACUCAGUGAGGAGGACGAAUGAUGUAGUCCUUAAGCUAAUGAUCUUUCUAAUUAUUUUUGGUCUUGUUUGUUCUGCUGGUGGCUGCAGGGAAUAUGGAAGGUAUCAGUCAUCGGCAUCGCCAGACCCCUUUUACUGGGGCAGUUGCCCCAGUAUAAAUGAGCUGUGUACAUAAAUGCCACGAUUAAUUUCAGCAAUAAAUGUUUAGCAUUGCAUUAAUUCAGAUAAUGUAUAUUCUGGGAAAGGAAUAGAUGUCUUUCUAGUGAGACGUGUAGCACAAGUGUUGACUCCAAAUAGAGGCUGUGUUGUAUACUCACACUCACUGCAUCAGUGCAUGUCACUGUUCUUGAGCAGCUUCUCUGUGUGUCAGUGUGUGACACUGAGUGCAGUUUGAGUCUAGGAACAUCACACAACAGGUUUUUUUUUUUAAUUGUUUUAUUUUUCUUUUUUUUAAACCAAAUGACUUUAUACUAAUUGAAACAAUAUCACAUGACCCCAGAUGUGUUAUUAUGUGGAUGUAAGAGUAUGCUUUUUCUGUUGAAAACAUUGAUGUUGUAUGUUGUUGUAUGUUAAUAUAUAUAUGAUGUGUGUGUGUAUAUAUAUAUAUUCAUACAUAUAUCUCUACAUUACCAGUAGUAGUAGUAGUUUUAGUGUGUAUGUGUGUAUGGGGUGGUGGUGUGGAGAGCCUGAGCUUCAUGCCAGGCAAUGCCCCUGGUAUCAGUAACUCAGUGUUAUACUUGAGUACAGUGAAUAAAUGUUAUUAGUUACUUUUGGUUUUAGUUACUUUACUGAAGAGUAACUAGUUUGCAUAUGGAACUGUAGCUCAUUUGCAUAUGGAAUUUGAGACAUGCUCCAGAACCUCUAGAAAUAAUGAUAUUCUAGAACUCAUGUCACACAUCAGGAGUUUGCUUGGUGCCAGUUCUGAAUAAUCUUCAAGUCAUUUUACUGUGUAAAAGUGUGAAGAGAAGAAUCAAAUCUCAAACCUUUUAGUAAACCUAACAGAAUCAACUGACCUGAAUAUCUCAGGUGAUACAGAAAAUUAGUAUUCACGAUGAAACGGAGCAGUUCAUCACCCGGUUCAUCCGUCAGCAACUUCAGCCCCAGCAGAUUCACUGCUAUGCUGUUCCCCAGAAAUUAUAAGGUGGUGGAGUUUCUGGGACGGGGAGGCUUUGGAGAGGUGUUCAAGUGUGCCAAACUGGACACCAAAGAGUUAGUUGCUGUAAAGAUCCCUCAACCCGGCUGCAGCUUCAUUAAUGAACUGACUCUACUAAACUUCUUCAUGUGGAAGAACCUGGACAAAUGUAACAUUGUCAGGUUCAUUGACUCGUUCACUCUGAGGGACAACAGAGCUGCUCUGGCCUUUGAGAUGCUGGAUGUGACUUUGAAGGACUACAUUAUCCACCAGAGGAACUUCAUCCCUCUGGAACUCCAUGAAGUCAGGAACGUAGUCCAACAGAUGGCCACAGCAUUAGAAGCCCUGAAGACCAACGAAGUCAUCCAUUCAGAUAUAAAGUUAGACAACAUCAUGCUGGUGGAUCGUGCAGAGCAGCCCCUCAGAGUGAAGCUCAUCGACUUUGGAUUGGCGUUUCCCACAUGUAAAGCAAGACAGGGCACCUUUCAUCAAACAACACUCUACAGGGCUCCAGAAAUUAUUUUGGGACUUCCCUUUUCGGAGGCCAUGGACAUGUGGUCUCUCGGGGUUGUGAUGGCGUUCUUGGUCCUUGGUGAUUUGCUAUUCCCUGGGGUCACUGAAUAUGAUGCUUUGCGAUGCAUAGUCGAUCUACUGGGCGUACCUCCAGACCAUCUUCUGAGUGCCGGGUGGUUCACACACGAUUAUUUUGUUCAAAGAUUGUCUGGGCACUGGAGACUGAUGACACCUGAGGAGUUUUGGGGAAGUCGAAAACCUUUCAGAGACUACAGGGCCUACCAUUUCCGCAACCUGGACGAGGUGGAAAACUUGCCCCUGACGAACCUGAGUAUGGUGGAGGCCGAUGAGAAAAAGGAGUGCGUCGACCUGCUGAAGGCAAUGCUUCAGAUGGAUGCUGAUAAGAGGAUCACCCCAAGUCAGGUCCUCGCCCAUCCAUUCAUCACAUGGGGCACCCUCCAACAUGGCUUUAACAGUGAAACUCUGCAAGCAAGCACCAGCUGCACUACUGAACCAGGAACCAGCAAGACAAAGGAACUAGGAGCCAUCCAGAAAGCAGACCCAGGGACCCAUUCAGGCAACAGAACCAGGAACAACUAAUCAGCCUCCACAAAGUGACUGCAGCCUGUCAACAGCAGAGGACAGAGAGGGGGAGUAUGAGACUUGCUCCAGUGGAUUUCACGGAUCGACUUCAUCAGGGUUACCUUCAGGUGUUAUCUUGGUGCGGCCUGCACCACCUGAGCGCUGCCUGCAGUUGGAUGAGGACAGUGGACAGCAGAGUGAAGCAUGCCCACUGGAUUGGCUAGAGGACAGUUCUGUUAACAGUCCAGUGGAGAACUGCAGGAGGAUUAAAAACCCCCCUCCCUCUGUACCUGAGGGUAGCAACAUGGAGCAGGAGCACACAGAGCUCACUGACAGCACAUCUGAGCCAGAGGAGGAGAAGGAGACGAGGACCAGGACCAGGACCAGGACCAAGCGGAGUUCCUUCCAGCGCUUCCUGACCUGGAUGAGGAGGACGUUCUGCAGCUGCAUCGACGUCGAUGAGGAGGAGUGAAUCACUCUAUGAAAGUUUGCCAUCACAACUCUUACACUUACUUGAUGUAUUUCACACAGGGCAUCUGUAGAGAAUGCAUGUGAUAUCACAGGUAUAUCCUCUAUUGAAGCACCUGUGAUUUUGGGAGUUGUGUUGGGAAAACGUUCAUAGUUCUGGGCAGCACGGCGGCUUGGUGGUUAGCACUGUGGCCUCACAGAGAGCUCCUCGACUGUCCUCCGCUCUUCUCUGUGUGGAGUUUGCAUGCUCUCCCCGUGUCUGCGUGGGUUUUCUCUGGGUACUCCAGUUUCCUCCCACGAUCCCAAAACAUGCAGCUUAGGCUGAUUGGAGACUCUAAAUUGACACCAAAUCUGAUUCAUCUAAUUCGGAACCACUGGUUUGUCAGAGCAAUAUCCCCUGUACUACUGUCCUCCCAUCACUUCUUCCUCUCUCUCUUUCUCUACCCAACCGGUCGAGGCAGAUGGCCGCCCACCCUGAGUCUGGUUCUGCUCGAGGUUUCUGCUUCUUAAAAGCUUUUCCUCGCCACUGUCGCCUAGUGCUUGCUCACGGUGGGAAUUGCUGGGUCUUUGCUCUGUAAUUAUAAUCCUUAUUUCAGCACGCAGACCGAAGGAGCUGGGGAUUGAACCGCUGAUCGGCAACCCACUGUACCUCCUGAGCCACGGCCGCCCCACUCUACACUCUCUACACCUGUCUUCUGAAUACUGUCCUUCUACUCGUUGUUGUCUUCGAUACACUUCUGUCUAUGUUUGUCCUCCACUCACUGUCCUCAGAGUACAGGGGGUAUUGAACUACACAAACUGGAUGAAAAUAGGAAAAAUAUCAUUGAUGUAUAAUUUGGACACAAUCAUAAUAAUUUGGACAAUAAAUAUUUCAAAAAUUAAAAUGAAUCCGUUUAAUGAUUUCUUUCAAUAAAACAUCAUUAGAUAUAAUUUAUGACGUCUUUGUAUUACUGUCUACCCAUCAUGUGUCAGGAUAAAUGAUUCAGUGUAAAUCAACUUCAUGUCAUCUUAAGAAAAAUACAUCAAUGUUAUAACAAUAAAUAACAAAAUUAGUGCUUAAAGGGAUAAUCCGUGAACCAAACCGCAUCUGAAGUUAGUUUACUCUUCUGAUGCUGUAACUGGUUUACUCACAUCCAGAAUACGUCUGAACACAGGAGACAAAAUAUAAAAUGCAGAGGCAGGGUGCAGUCUGUGGAGUCCUGUGGAGUCCACCUCUUUCCCAUCUUCUUAUUAGUGGCAGAAUAAGAACCCCGGCUCGACCUCCACUCCUCACCAGUGUUAUUCUCUAUUGCACUUGCCUCUUGUCUUGCUUCGUGUGUUCGCCUUCUUGUUGUGAUCUCUUGUGAUCUGCUGUACUCACCGGCCCCCUUCUUUUUAUCACUAAUAGUUUGUUUUAAGACCUUUCUGUAAGUUUAUACUUGUUUAACAGGUAACAUGUUUUGAUAAUUUAUACUACUUGGCUUUCUACAUUUGAAGCUUUAGUCUCCACUUACAGCUUCUGGUGACGCAGAGCUGGUAGGGGACCUAAAACUGGACAAGUCAUACUUGCAAAAACUGCAAGAACAUUGGCCUAAAAAUGACAAAGGUGUGACUCUGGGCACAUUAUACACUGUUGCUGUGCUCUGGAAAAAUAAUUUCACCAUCACAAUACUUUUUGCAUAAUGGCAAAUGCAACAAAACUCUGACUUUUGUCAGAACCAGAAGAGAAGCUGGUGUCCCUGACAGUGUAACCAGCACCAACAGGAGAAUAUUGCAGGGGAUUUUGGCACAUUUUUGGGGGGGCACUACCCACACACUUAGCUGUGUUGCUCCUUCCAUGGAUAUACGAUCCUUCUGUUCUACCUUGUUGUAAAGGUGACUAAUCAGACUUUCCAACAAUAUAUAAUACAACACCAACUGGUAUUAUUAAAGGGGAGAAAUAAUGUUUCCAUAAUGUUUUUUUGAGGAGUUUAUAAAUAUGGAGGUAGGCUAAUCUUUGUUUUUAUGUGAAAACGUUGGAUGAAAAAGUUGAUCUGUGUUAAAUCACUACAUCCUACUGUUUCCUUCAUUUCUUUUUCUGCUUUUUCUCCUCUUUUCUUAAUUUGUAAGUUAUUUUCAUCUGAUGGAUCUACGUAUUGGAAUUAGUAGAAUGGGAACCCUGUUUUUGCCCAUGACAAAGGAGGGAUUCUGCUGGGUACAUUAUACAGUGUUGUUGUGUUCUGGAAAAAUAAUUCUCAUAUGUCUACCAUCACAAUGUUUUUUGCAUAAAGAAUGAGCAGUGACUUAUGUCAGAAACAAAGGGAAAGCUGGUGUUAAUUUCCCUAAAUUUGCCUGAGAACAGUAAUGAAAGCAGUAGAGUUUCCAGUUAGUGGUGAUCACUGGAACAAACAGUCCACAGAGCAGCAUCAUGAAGGAAAGGAUCUUACUGGCUGUUUUCUAUCUCUCAGGGUUGCUCACCUUCUCCACGUGCCGUCCCCAUCAGUACCACUAUGUGUCUGAUUCAAAGAACUGGACUGAAGCUCAGACCUACUGCAGAGAGACAUACACAGACCUGGCCACCAUUGAAAACACUGAAGAAAUGAACCAACUUAUCAACACAGUUUCAUCUGCUGGCUACAACUCUGAUGUCUGGAUUGGUCUGUACAGUAAGGUUGAGUGGAAGUGGUCCGAUGGAUACACAGGGAGUGGAGCUGAGUUUAGGAGCUGGCAAACCGGAGAACUGUAUAUUAACUCUGAAACUAAGGCCUGUGUAAUGUCCUACUCUACUGGUGAAUGGUGGGGUGGUGAAUGCACAUGGGUAGUAAGAUUCAUCUGUUAUAAAGGAACACAGCUGGAGCCUGAAUAUGUCUUUGUAAAUCAAGCAAUGAAUUGGUCCAGCGCUCAGAGGCACUGCAGGGAGAACUUUGUAGAUCUGGCCACUGUGAGGAACCAGAGUGAAAACACUGAGAUACAGAACUUGGCGUCAGGCUGGGCAUGGAUCAGUUUGUUUGGAUAUCCUCGCGUUCACUGGUCUGAUGGGAGUGUCAGCUCAUUCAGAUCCUGGUACAGUUCAGGGCAUGAGAUACAUGUCACUGUCACAUGUGGUGCUGCAGCUUUGCAGAACUCAGGAAACUGGAGGCUUCUCCCCUGUGAAACAAGAUUACCAUUCGUCUGCUCCGGCAUCCCUCCACCCCCAGUAAAGAGACAGGUAGUGAAGCUGAGGAUGAAGGUGGAGGACUCCUCUGUGGAUCUGAACGACCCUGCUGUGAAAGCUGGCAUCCUG